GUAGAGGGAACGUGUUUGUGGUUGUGGCUGUGUCCUUGGAUGUUUGUGUGAGAAGCUGAGACGUUACAGAGCUGUAGUUCAGAUAAAACACGAGAACUAAAGAAAAUACUGCGCUUUGGACUUGCUAUGUGAUUGUCACUGGUGCUUCACUCUGCCACUUCAUACCAGGAAUCACAGGGAAGUUAUGAGCGCUCCAACCUCCAAGCAGAGACAAGCCUGCUGGGGGGCGAGAGAUGAGUUCUGGAAGUGUCUGGACCUCAACAAGGACAACACUGCCGCCUGCGAGAAAUAUCGCAAGGAAUUCGAGUCUAGUUGUCCAGCUCAGUGGGUGAAGUACUUUAACAAGCGAAGGGAUUUCCUGAAGUACAAGGAGAAAAUGGAAAAGGAAGGAUUUGAACCUGUUGAGGGAGCGCCAAAGUUAUAGCUCUACAACUGAGAGAGCUAUAUGCAUGGACAGAGGAUUUACCUAUGAGUAAAAUGGACAUGGUUUAUAUUUGAUAUUUGUGCUGUUCAAUGAAAAAUUAUCUUUCUUUUUGAAGUUGUUUUUUAUGUUAUUUUAUUAUAGUUUGUAAACAUGUUGGGUGCAAAUAAAUGUGCUAGCAUGUAGUACAAAACGCAACCUUUUCUUUCAGUGAUUCAUGAUGUUUUAAACAUUGCUGUAUGUGACCUGUUUAUAUGAAUUACAGUAGCAGUGAGAGAUCCCAGAGAAAAGGAAACAGUGUUUACCAUCCACCUCAUACUUUUUUGCCCCACUGUAUAACAUUUGUACUACAGAUAACAUUGUACCUAAGCCGUUUGAACAGAUACCCCAACACACAACCAUACAAUAUAUACGUGUGUAUA